UAUCAGCAAAAAAUGAAAGGUUCAUCACUAAGUUGCAGUGUUGUUCUGCAGAAAAACAAGCCCUAUAUAGCAAUGAUCUUCAUACAGUUUGUGUAUGCAGGCAUGGCUUUGCUCUCUAAAGCUGCGAUCUCCAAGGGAAUGAACCCUUAUGUGUUUGUUGUCUAUAGGCAAGCCUUUGCUUCAAUUGCUUUAUCACCCUUUGCUUUCUUUGACAGUAAGCAGGCUACUUCCUUGUCAUACACCUUGCUUUGGAAAAUCUUUUUCAUUUCCUUAUUUGGGUUAACACUGAGCUCAAGCCUUUACUAUGUUUCAAUCAACUAUACAACUGCAACUUUUGCUGCUGCAUCCACCAACACUGUUCCUGCAAUUACUUUCAUCAUGGCUGUUAUAUUAAGAGUGGAAAGCAUAUCCAUAAAACACAUGUACGGGGUGUCAAAGAUUCUAGGUUCUGUUCUGAGCCUUUCUGGGGCAAUCGUAUUUGCUUUAGUGAAAGGACCUCCUCUAGAAUUCAUGAAGUUUUAUGCUCAGAAUCAGGAGAAUCAUCACUCAUCAAUGUCACUAACAAAAGGUCACUCAAAAAUGGAUUUGAUCAAAGGUCCUGUCAUGAUGCUUUCUGCAAACACUGCAUGGUCUUUAUGGCUUAUAUUGCAAGGUUUCAUUGUAAAACAAUACACUGCGAAGUUUCGGCUCACCAAUCUGCAAUGUUUCUUCAGCUUCAUACAGUCUGCUGUUUUAGCUGUUGCACUUGAGAGAGAUCCUUCAGCAUGGAAGCUCGGAUGGGACAUAAAUCUUCUCUCUGUGGCCUACUGUGGUUUAAUUGUGACAGGGAUUUGUUAUUGGCUCCAAGUGUGCACUAUAGAGACUAAAGGACCCGUUUUUACAGCAAUGUUUACCCCUCUGGCUCUUAUCAUCACAGCAAUAUUCUCAGCUCUUUUGUGGAAGGAAUCACUUUACUGGGGAAGAACUUUGAUGAGGAUCACAAACCUAAGAAGGGCAAAUUGCUUUCUGCUGGUAUUUUUGUUUUGGGCCACUUGUAGUGUUGGAGGAGCAGUGUUGUUGGUGGGUGGACUGUACAGUGUAUUGUGGGGGAAGAACAGAGAGUGUCCCAAGCAAGAAAGCCACCAUCAAGACGAAGAGCACACAACAACUCAUUCCAAAUUAGAGGAUACCACAUUGGAAUGCAUUAUUCAGCACUAAUACGUGCAUGGAACAAAAUUUAGGAAGAGAAAAAAAAUAAUCAAUCACUAUUAUUUACAACUUGUUGUGUAUAUUUGUUUGUUGCGGAUAUCAUAUUUAAUAUUAAAUAAUAAUAAGGUCUUGGCUUCUCUUUUU